AUAAUGUUUGCUGUGCAUCACAAGCUAUUGCUCAGAUCCCUCAAACCUUUGCACUGGAUCAUUGUGGUUUGUAGAACUUUGUGUCUAGUGUGGGAUUCUUUUUCAAAGAAUUGCAACAUUCCCUACAUGCUGCUGCUUAACCUUUCCCUGUUUUGAAUCUUGUGGUUUUUUUGUACAGAAACAAUCCUUGGACCGGCAGGGCAGCUGGACAGUACUUGCUUUAGGAAGGAGCUGUGGAAUGUUGAGGGGAUGUGAUGAUGGAAUUCCAUCAGUCCUCUUGUUUGUUUACAUGUCUUCCUUCUGCAGACAGAUUUGUAUAAAACAAUGUAGCAUUAAGUGUAAAUAUCCAAUAUAGCUAUCUCCCUUUAAUUUAAGCAUCCUAAUUCCACAUCAAAUUGGAUAUCUAAAUAGUGUAGAAUUACAUUUAGUACAUGAUCUAUGCUCACACUUCAAUUUGCAGAAGCAAUUGUGGGCCAUCAUGGUUAAUCUUUUGUAUCAAAUUUCUGCGCCAAGCAACAGCAGACCAAUUGCAUACAUAAUUUAAUUUCCUGCCCUCAAUUUACUUUUAGAAAAUUGAUUAGUACAGUAUUGGGUUGCUGUACCCAUUCACUGGCAUCACAGUCACUUCAGUAAGUUCUUUGUGUUGCAUUUUGUGGUAAAGCAGCGUGAAGCCCUUUUAAGAAGUUCUUGGCUCAAAGAAACACAUUAGUCUGUCCUCUUCACAAUAUUAAUGUGUUAGUUUUAAGAUCCUGGGAGUUGUCUUUUUUGAAAGUUCACUUAUAACAAACUGCCUGAUACUGUUUAUUGUGUGUGAGCUGCUGCCUAAUUGAAAUUAGAUUUGUUGCUACUGCUAUUGUGAAUUUAGAUGUGUUGCAUCUUGCAGAUAGAAAGAAAGAGGGAGGGUCAUGCAGGAGAAAAACGUAUCAAAUCUACUAGAAAGAGGGCUCAAACAUUGAGGAAUCCAGAACGUGACAUCCUCCAGAAGAACAGUGCAGUGUUAAAAUGCAUUCAUUUAAAAAAAAAGGGAAGAAAGACUUUAUUAUGUUUGUUGAGAACAAAGAAAUGGCUGAGAGAAAGAGAGCAUUCAGGACAUUUCAUUCUUUCUCUGAACAAGGGGGGGUUGCAUGGAAUCUUUUGUAACCAGAGAUGUACUGAUCAUACAAUACUGUACAUGCCGUGCUUUCUUUAGUUCUCUUCUGUACAAUAAAGAAACCAGAGCUUUCCACCACACAAGGCUACAGUAUCCACUGCCCACGACUCUCAGUGCCUCUGUCUAAAGCCAGCACAGUGUCCCCUCACUCUGCUUGAGUUCUGCAGCUGAUGCCUUCUGUACACAUACUCUCGUCCAAGGAGGUUUCCAGUUGUUAACAGUAAUGGGAGUUUCUGAUGGUUCCAAUACAGCUGAGGUGGAGGGGAGUGAAUGUCACCGCUGGUUUGGAAUGCUGCUGAGCCUCUCUGACUUGUUUUGCCGUUGGGCACAGUGCCGGUGUGCGGCCAUGCUGCACUAGAGAUAACAAAAAGGGCAGCCUCAUGCCAAGCAUUGUGCCCGGAAGCAGCCUUCAAUAAUGCAUGGCGUGGCAUUAUCCUGACAAAUCUGAAGGGAGCAGGUGGUCCAGGAUGCUGAAGCAGUUCAGGGCUCAAGAUUGUCUGGGGUCCGCAGUCUUUUCACCAAUCAAGUCGGAUAUAGUGGGUAACAUUACCAAAAUCAAAGCUGUUUACGACACUAACCCCGCUAAGUUUAAAACUCUGCAGCAGAUCCUGGAGGCAGAGAAAGAGAUGCACGGAACUCAGUGGCCCAAAGUCGGAGCUACGCUAGCGUUAAUGUGGCUGAAAAGGGGUCUGAAGUUUAUCCAGGUCCUGCUGCAGAGCAUCGCGGACGGGGAGAGGGACGAGGCCAACCCCAAUCUCAUCCGGGUCAAUGCCACUAAAGCCUACGAAUUGGCACUGAAGAAGUACCACGGCUGGCUGGUGCAAAAGAUCUUCCACGCAGCUCUCUAUGCUGCCCCCUACAAGUCUGAUUUCCUGAAGGCGCUGUCCAAGGGGCGGGAAGUCAAGGAAGAGGAUUGUCUGGAGAAGAUCCGCCAGUUUCUCAUCAACUUCACACCCACCAUCGACGCGAUCUACGUGAUGUACACCAAAAUGAACGCUGAGCUGGACUACAAAGCCUGACCUCUGGUCUCCCACCAGGACACUUGGACCCCCUUUUUGUCUUCAUCCUGCCUUCAUCUCAAGAGCAAUUACGUUGUGUCAUUAACUCCUAGACUUUACCCUGUCGCCUCCCAAAGCUCCCUCUUGUGAAUGUAAAGGAGAUUAGCUGACAUCACAGAACGCUGUGUUUCCACCACCAGUGACAGGAAUCUAAGGGUCGUCCUGGAGCUGCUGUGGUCUCUGUUUCUGAAGGUCUCAGACUGGUUUCUUGCAUUAGAAAGAAGAAAACAAAUGCAUCAUGCCUAUAGGCAGCUCUAGCUGGAAGAGAGUGGAGGUUGUAGUUUUAUGCAGUGUUGUGUGCCUUACUUAAUUCAAAGUGUCGUCUGCUUAAAAUAACAAAAAAAAAAACACAAAAAAAACCCUCUCUGAAUCCAGGAGGCCCUAUGUGCAUAUUUGGGCUUUUUUUCAGUUACAAAAGCAUUGCUUUUAUGUAUACUUAGUCAGUCUGCAUUAACUAGAAAUUGGACUUAAGUAAAACCUAACUUUAAAAUUGUUCCAGCUGGUUGGUAUGUAAACAUCGAACCAGCAGUCUACCUCCAGAUUGCACAUGCAAAGUUCUGUGGGAGGAUCUUCGUCAGAUCGUCUGAUGUCUUUAUAAUCAUAAUGACAGCUGCUGAUGGCUCUUUGCUAUUGUGCAAACAGCACAAUGAAUACCAAGAAGAAAAGUGUUGAAAUAUAUCAAUUAAAAAGUCUCGUAGCAGGGAUAAAAGAGCUCCCGUUGCAUAUUAGCCUGAGCACUUGCAGGUUUACAAUACAUUACACAGAAUUAGAUAAGCUUGGGAUGACGUCGUGUGUGAUUCCUGCUAAGGGUUUAAUGAUGCAAAUGGCAACAGACUGCUGCUGUUCAGAGUAUUAAUACUGGACCCUUUCUUUAUUUCUUAGUGCAAAUCCAUCAUUAACAGCAUGUUAUUCAUAAAGGAAGGAACAGAUUGGCCUGAACAUGAUACUCUGGAUGAUUGCAGGAAAGUUGCCUGCACGUCUUCUAACUCAUAGUAAAUCCUGCAACGGCUCAAGCUGCUAUACAAUUGGAGUGUUGUUUCCUACCUAAAUGAUUGCACUGAGAAGGUGGCAGGUGACCGGGAAGCUCCAAGCACUGAUAAAAUAAAGACUGCUGUAUUAAGUGGCCUUGAGUUAGGAUGUAUAGAAUUGAUAACUUGCAGUGUGCAGAUUUCUUUUUUUGUGUGUAUGGGAUUGGCUGGUAAUAGAUGGACACAAGGAGGUCAUGUAAUGUACCAGAGGCUGAACCAGAAGCAUCAGCCUUCCAGCCUGGGGUGUCAACCUCUUCAGAGCUUUAUUUUAACACUGGACUGCUGCAUGAAACACUGGAUGGUUGUUUUAAUUAAAGAACUCUGCUCAGCGGCCUGCAGGGAUGCACUUUCAGGGAAGGCUGUGUAGAUCUGCGUGCGAUUUUCAAGCAGACACCUUUCCAGGAACAUUUGCCUUUAUUCUGUUAAGUUUAUUUUCUGAAAUGUAUGUUACUGUUAGAGAAGCACUGUUUGUUUUUUUAAUUAUUAUUAUUAUUAUUAUUAUUAUAAAAAAUAGUCAUUUGUGUCAGGGUUCUUUAAAAAGCCCUCAAUGCUCAAGCCACAGUGCUUGCAUUAACACACAAGUGCCUCUUUGUGAAGAGCUAGGGUUAGGUUGACAUCGAUACAGUAGAGAUUUAAAUGUAUUGCUGUGCUCUGUUUUAUCAUUGUUUUGUUUUUGUGUUACAGAAAGCACAGAUAUUAGAACGUCUAGGUUGUUAGCAAGAGCGUGAUGCUGACAACUUUUAUCAUGGCUGAGCUGAGUAAUCUGUGCUGGUGGGAUUCCCAUGUAUGUAAUGAGUUUCUUGUCAGACCUUGGGAUCAGUUCAGUGGAUCUCAGCCGUGGCCACAUUUAAAUCACUCAAAUCGUGGUGGUAGUUCUUUUUUUUUUUCCUCUCCAUAUUUCUACUGACCUAAAUAAACCAGAUUUCCUGUAA